UUUAUUUAAACAAUAUAUUUGGAUGAUGAUCAAUUGAUGGAAAAAAUGAAACAAAUUGGUCAUUAUAUGAAAAUAUCGUCCACAAUAAAGACGUUUCGUGAAACAGAAUUUGAUCGAUGAUGACUGACUUCAAGAUUAAGGCAAGAUUUUUACGUCUUAUUGCCUUUACAUAUGGAUUUCUUGGUAUUCAACUACAUCCAAUCGAUUUGAAUGAUUGGAAAUCCAUUCUAAAUGUUGUGAUGAACAUAACAUUAAAUUUAUUGGUCAUCAAUGGUCUUUGGACACAAAGUUCAUAUAAAUCAAUGGCAUUCGAUAAACCAUUAUUAUCACAAAUUCUACGUAUUUGUUAUGAACUGCUAUAUCCAAUCUCAUAUAUAAUUGUAACCAUACAAUAUCUAUUGAAAGGACGAAAAUUUCUACACAAUUUAGAUAUGUUUACAAGCAAAACAUAUGAUAAUGAUGAUGAUGAUUAUGACCGAUGGUAUUUGAAACGUUUCAUAUGGACAAUAUUCAUUACAAAUUCAACAUAUUUUGUUAUGAAUUAUCGAACGUUACUGAAAUUAAUUUUCACUGAUUUCUCAUUGAUCAAUUUGAAUCCCGUUUGGCGACAAUUAGGUGUCUAUUUUAUUAAUGCACGUUUCCACUUAUUUUGUAAUCUAGUCAUUUAUUUUCAAUCAUCCAUAAUACGUUUUCUUGACAUAAUGAUUGAACAAUGCAAUGUAACUGAUCGACAUGAAAAUCAACCGAAAUUCUCCAUAAUUAUCGAUGAAAUGAUUGAUGCAUCAAAAUAUUGUGAUCAAAUACAAAAAUUUAUUUCAAUCAAUCUACUGUUAAUGAUACCGAUAAUGACAAUCAAUAUUAUUAUUCGUCUUUGUAUCAUGCAAUAUUUUACCAUAAUCAAUUAUCAUAUUCUACUAUUACAAAUAAUUAUUUUUGCCAUCUACAUUUCAAUAAUGGCCGUUUAUAAUCAAUUAAUUGCAAAACAAUUAUCAAUCUUUCGUGAUCGGUUAUUGGUUCAUUAUUGGAAUGAUUAUGAAAAUUUAUGUCCCAAAAAUAGCGACAACAACAAGAACUACAUUGAAAUGAUCAUUAUUCAACGAUAUGAUCCAAGUCGUCAUUAUGAAUUGAAAAAUUUACUUGAAAAUGAUUUUCACAUUAGAAUCUAUCAUUUUUGUAUUGUUGAUCUGGAUCUUAUUAUGGCAAUAAUUUUAUUCAUUAUCAAUAAUACCGUAUUCAUAAUACAAACAGAAUCGAUUAUGUGAUAAAUAAUUUCCACAUUGUUACAAUCGAUUGAUUGAUCAAUGGAAAAUGAAUUGAUCAAUUUAUUUUCCAUUAUUUAAUUAAUCUAUUGAUGAAAUUGUUUUGACAAAUGAAACAUUAUUUCACAUUCAUUAAUUCAAAUGGCCAACACACACCACAUCACACGGACGAACGAACAAACGACAAUGAAGAAAGCAAAAACAUUUUUAUUUGGCAAACUUGUUGCCAAUAUUUUUGGGCAUCUUGGUUGUCAUUUUGAUUCAAUCAAACCAUGUAGUUGGCGAUCAUUAUUGAAUUUAUCAUUCAGUAUUCUAUUGAAUUCAAUUUCAGUUUAUGGUAUUCAUGUAUAUGAUACAACGGAUUGGCUUGUAACAUCAAGUCCAUUUUUUACACGUGUUAUGCAUAUCACUUAUGAACGUAUAUUUCCAUUGCUUUAUGCAAUAGUUUCCAUUCAUUUUUAUUGUUUGGGCUAUCGAAUGAUUAAUUUAUUUGGUAUGCUCAUACCAUAUGCAAGAAUCAAUUAUCGUCAACAAAUCUGGAAAUUCAUAUUGACCAUUAUUACUUCACAUUUGUGUUAUGUAAUUCUGAAUUUUUAUAAUAUAAAAAGAUUACUGCAUCAACCAACAAUCAAAGCUAUUUGUUCACAAAUUGGUUGGUAUACAGCUAGUAAUCAAAUUCAUCUGAUUUACAAUAUGAUCAUCUUUCAUCAAUGUAUGGUUGAUUCAUUUUUACAAACAAUUGAAAUGAAAUUACUACACAUCAACCAUCAUCAAAAUUUUUGUCAUACACCACGUUUAAUUAAUACAAGAAUAUUGAAAACUAUCAAACGUGUUGCAUGUUUAUGUAAGAAAAUCAGUCAUUUUUUAUCACACGGCUUGUUAAUUCAAAUAUCCAUAAUGGCUUCAAUUUUGAGCAUAAAAUUCUGCACAUUUGUUCUAUUUCAUGAACAAUGGCAAACAACAAUAUUUGAAACGCCUUACAUUUUUUUAUGUUAUAUUUAUUUAUCAAAAAUUAGUUCAUACAAUCUAUGCAUAACGAAACGAAUACAAAUGAUUCGUCGUCUAAUGUUAAUGUCGUAUUGGAAACAUUGUAAUACAAAUAUUGAUGAAAAUCCAAAACAGUUGGUACAACGAUUUGAUCCAAUACGUUUAUUUGAAAUGGCCACUAUUUAUAAAAAUGAUUUUAUUGUAAGAAUUUUUCUUAUAUUCAAUAUGGAUUUUCAUUUUAUUCUAUCGAUCACUGUAUUCGUUAUCAAUUAUGUUGUAUUUAUAGUAUCAACCAAUUAAUUUAAUUUAAUUGUAUGAUGAUUGUCA